AUGAGCUUGGAGUAUUAUCCAUUGGACAGACAGACGUGCCUCAUUGAUCUGGCUAGCUACGCCUACACUACAGAAGAUAUCAUCUAUGCAUGGAAAUCGGAAAUGCCGGUGCAAUUGAAGGAUGGACUACGAAGGAGCCUGCCCAGUUUUGAACUGCAAGACGUAACGACCGGUUUCUGCACAAGUAAAACAAAUACAGGAGAGUAUAGCUGUUUGCGAACUACUCUUAUUCUUCGACGAGAGUACAGUUAUUAUUUAAUAACACUGUACAUUCCGAGUUUUAUGCUGGUGAUGGUCUCAUGGGUGAACUUCUGGAUAGACAAGGACGCUGUUCCUGCCCGAGUGAGCCUUGGAGUCACCACUCUGUUGACAAUGACGACACAAGCAUCAGGAGUCAAUGCAAAACUACCUCCUGUUUCUUACACUAAAGCAAUUGAUGUGUGGAUUGGUGCCUGUUUAGGCUUUAUCUUUGGAGCACUUCUUGAAUUUGCAUUGGUAAAUUACGCUGGAAGAGUUGAGUUCCUAGAGAAAGAAAGAAAGAAAAACAAAAGCUCAUUGAUGCAUGAAGCUCGUUGGCCAACGAAUCUUAACAUCACUCCAAUACCUCCACUACAACGCUCAUCAGUAGGAAUAGCAACGUCGUUGCAUUCAACUUCUAAUCCUUUGAGGACAACGCCUUUCAUCGAAAACUAUCCAAUAGAGGCUGUCUGUCCUGAAUGUAAGGCCGAGCAACGCGAAAAGGAACGAGCCCUUGAGGCAAUGCGACCGCUGAUUCACAACGCAUUUGAUAUACCUCCUUCCGUAGCCUUUUCCAGAAUACCCAAUCGAACGCCAGGAAAGUUGAGGAGUCGUUGGUGUCUUCAAAUGUGGCUGGUGAAGUACAAAGAACGAUCGAAACGAAUUGACGUCAUUUCUAGAUUUAUUUUUCCCAUUGGAUUUUUUUUCUUCAAUUGUAUUUACUGGGUUGUCUACCUUGUCUGA